AUGUGGCGAAUCGCAGCCUUCGCUGUUGCAGCCAUUGCUAUAGCGUAUGCUGCACCACAAGCAGCGAAGGAUGAACCAAAGUGGAGAUACUGGGAAGAACGAUGGCCGGAAGGUCCCGCUGUCUAUACGCCUUCUCAGGAUCCUGUGUCCUUGCCGGGUCUCGCAGAAGCAACAUCAACGAGACCGAGCAACAGCACGCACACGAAAAGCAGCAACACAACCAGCAGCGUCCUCACUACCAUCACAAAUCCACCUGGCUCGCUCUCAGCACCUUGGUCCAACACUACCUGUUUGAAUUCGUCUGCGACACCUGUCAAUGCCUGCGCGAGUAUUCGAUUGAUUGCUUUGGCAUCGUCAGCAACGAAGCCAAAGGCCAUUCCCACUGUGGGGGCAAGUUUGGCAUAUGAGUGUAUCAACAGCGUGCCGUUCAAUCAGUCCGCAGCAGUUGCACUGAUAGACUCCAUUCGUCCAUACUUGCAGUGGCAGAGCACCCUACAGUGGAUCAAAGAUCCACCAAAAGAGUACGCUGAGAAGAUCCAGCCACCUUAUGAUAUUCUGGCCGAAUUCGAAAGAAUCGAUGACUGUGCAAAGGCCGGAUCGUAUCUCAGCGAAUAUGAGUUUGGUCUCGACCUCUACACGUGCUUUCAACGGACACAUGAUGGCCAUUUCGUCCUCUUUCCCGACUCGAUCACCGGCAUCUUCGCGUUUUACCGCACUACGCCAAUUGUCUCUGUGUCAAAGGAUGGCAUGUCCAUACCUGAGAUAUUCGCCUACGAGGAUAUCCUGGAAACCACUGCCGGCAACGCUACCUACAAACCCAGCCCGAUCGUCCGGAUUGACGGCCAGGAGUCCACUGAUUUCUUGCUAGAUUGGUCACAGAUUGGAAGUCUCCAAGAUAGGGAUGCGCUGUGGAACGGCCUAUUCUACAACCUCGCCCAGGUAGCUCUGGGCCCAAAUGGCGGUGGCGUUGGCUCUUUCGCAGGUGGAGGUCGCGGACGGAUCCAUUACCCGGGGCCAAAUACUACGCUGACCUUUGCAAAUGGCACUUGUAUCACAAGAGAGAAUCAUGCUCGGGUACUGCAAGCGUUCAACAACAUCACGAGUGGGCAGGACAUCUACAAGGAGUAUUUCAUCCCGCCGGCUGAAAGUCUCAUGGAUGCGUACCAGAUCGCGACUUCGUUGCAGGCUUCUACGAGUUCUUCCACCACCGUGUCGCCCACUGUGACCUCGAACGCCACCAUGACCUCCAACUCAACAGUCAGCGCGACCACGGCCACAGCUACGCCACCGCUUCCGGCUCCCGGGUUUCCACUUCCAUUCAUUCGUGAAGGCAACAACACGAACGGAGGGUACUUUCUGGAAGGUGAAGGAUAUAAUGAUGUGGCGGUGCUCAGCGUCCAGUCCUUCCUUGGCACGGGUGAAGACCAGAUCCCCUUUCAAGCUAUCAACACUUAUUUCAUCAAUGAAGCCAAGGCCAGAAACAAAACGAAGCUCAUCAUCGAUGUCUCAGCAAACGGUGGCGGGACAAUUUUACAAGGGUUUGAUCUAUUCAAACAGCUCUUUCCUCAGGUGCUUCCGUAUGGAGGAAAUCGAUACCGCGCUCACGAAGCUAUUGACAUCCUUGGACAAGAGAUUAGCGAAUUCUCUGGACGAGUCGAAAACCGAAGCUUGGACCUCAAUGAAACAGCCCUUUUAUAUGUUGCAACAUCAUGGAAUUAUCGCUCAGAUGUGAACAUAAAUUACACCAACUUCGAUUGCUGGGAUCAGAAGUUUGGACCAGACAUAUUUGGUCCUUCUGCAGACAACUACACUAGCUUGCAACGCUGGAACCUGAGCGACACUCUCACCACGAUAAACUCUGGUGGCAUUGAAGUGUCUGGUUACACUAAUCGCUCCAACAUUACAACACAACCCUUCCUAACCGAGAAUAUUGUCAUCGUGACAGACGGCUACUGUGCAUCAACGUGCACCAUUUUCGCGGAGCUUAUGAAAACUCAAGGUGGCGUCAAACUCAUAAACAUGGGAGGUCGACCAAACAAAAACCUCACACAGGCCGUUGGAGGCGUCAAAGGAGUCAACAGUCUGAGCUUGGGCGCGAUUCUUUAUUACGCUCUCAUGCCUUUCCAAUAUCAGUACAUCAAAUCACGAGAUUACUACCAGAACAACACUAUCUUUGGCAAAUACAACAACCUGGCACUAUACCGUACACUCGCCAGCGGCAUCAACGCAAGAGACGGCUUUCGACAAAACGACACUUCGAACGUUCCGCUACACUUUCAAUAUGAGCCUGCAGAUUGCAGAAUCUUCUACACUCCUCAAAUGGCAGUCGACAUGACCGCCCAGUGGAAGACAGUCGCUGACACGGCGUUCAACGGCAUUAACCACUGCGUCGCAGGGACAGGGUUCAAAAGUAUGGCGGACAACAUGUAUGGCCGGCCCUACAAGUUGACGAAACGUGGGUUGAAAAAGAAACAGCAUCUUGUGCGACGCGACAUCGACCUUCAUGGUCACAAAGUGGCUAUCAAGAAUGUCUGGACUGGACACAGCUUCCGAGGUGCUGAUGCGGAUGGCUAUAUGUUGCCGUGA